AGCGUAUCAUCCCCAUAUGGUGAAACAUGCUCCAUGUGGUUGUUGAGCGAAGUAAUUUCGUGCAUAUUUUAUUUUGAAUAAGAGAAAAGAAAAUGCUAAUGGAAAACGAAAACGACGUGAGACUGUUCCAAACGAUCGGCCUGAGUGAGCAAAAGGCCAAGGAGACUCUAAAAAAUGUUAAUGUCACGAAGAAUCUCAAGCUUGCUAUAAACGAGGCUGCUAAACAUGGUCCUAUUAUACAAGAUGUUGGUAUCUUGUUGUAUCAUCUAGCUUCAAAGAUUAAGAAUCAGAUUGUGGAUAAGAUACCAUUUGUUACUAAUUACAUAAUUGAAAAGAAAUUAGAUACUGUACAAAGGAUAGAUGCUGCGUUGACUUAUCUGUUAGCUAAUAUAAACAAUGAUAUCAAUGUAGCAGAUUUUGAGGAAUUUUGUGGUGUAGGAGUGAUAGUUUUACCGGAGCAGAUAGAAGCAGAAGUAGAGAAAGUUGUAAAAGUGUACAAAAAUGAGAUAUUAGAAAAGAGAUAUCGCUUUAAUUCUGGCCCAUUGAUGCAGCAAGUACGUAAUACUCUAAAAUGGGCAGAUGGUAAAGCGGUAAAAAAUGAAUUUGACAUCCAGUUUCUUGAUUUAUUGGGUCCAAAAACUGAUGCUGAUUUUGCACCGGUACCUAAACAGGUGAAGCAGCCAAAGGACAAGCAAACAAAAGUAAAGAAAUCUGAAGUAAAGAAUGAACAAAAAGAAAUAUUAAACGGCGAAAAGGCAGAGAUACAAACUGUAAGCGAACUUAUGAAAACCAAAGUUAACUUCCAUAAGCCUGGAGAAAAUUAUAAAACCGAAGGAUACGUUGUAACGCCGAAUACACAUUGUCUGCUACAACAACAUCUGAAAAUUACAGGUGGCAAAGUAAGAACCAGAUUUCCACCCGAACCAAAUGGAAUUUUGCAUAUUGGCCAUGCGAAAGCUAUCAAUAUCAAUUUUGGAUAUGCCGCAGCUCACGAUGGCAUAUGCUAUUUACGAUACGACGAUACAAACCCUGAAAAAGAAGAGGAGAAAUUCUUUGUUGGGAUACGGGAUAUGGUGGAGUGGCUCGGCUACAAACCCGCCGAGAUCACUCACUCUUCGGAUUACUUUCAGCAACUGUACGAUUGGGCCAUAGUAUUGAUAAAGAAAGGUCUGGCCUACGUCUGCCAUCAAUCUAAUGAAGACAUCAAAGGUUUCAAUCCUCCGCCAAGUCCUUGGCGUGACAGGCCAAUCCAGGAAAGCUUGCAGUUAUUCAAUGAUAUGAAGGACGGUUUAUUGGAAGAAGGAGAAGCGACCUUACGUAUGAAAGUGACUCUGGAAGAAGGCAAGCAGGAUCCUGUCGCGUACAGAAUAAAGUACUCGCCGCAUCAUCGGACCGGCGACCAUUGGUGCAUCUAUCCCACUUAUGAUUACACUCAUUGCUUGUGCGACAGCAUUGAGAACAUCACUCAUUCCCUUUGCACGAAGGAAUUUCAGUCGCGAAGAUCAUCCUACUACUGGCUCUGCAACACUUUAGAUGUCUAUUGUCCCGUCCAAUGGGAGUAUGGUCGACUGAAUGUUAGUUAUACCGUAGUUUCCAAGAGGAAAAUCGCUAAAUUGAUACAAGAGGGAAUCGUUUCCGACUGGGACGAUCCUAGACUGUUCACAUUAACUGCCUUACGUAGACGUGGUUUCCCGCCAGAAGCUAUAAAUAACUUUUGCGCUCAAAUGGGCGUAACCGGUGCACAGGUGACAGUCGACCCAGCAGCAUUGGAGGCGGCUGUGAGGGAUGUUCUGAAUCUUAUCGCUACUAGAUCCAUGGUCGUCCUAGAGCCUAUUAAAUUGACCAUAAAUAAUUUCCCUCAAGAAAAACCCAUCAAGCUUAGCGUGCCGGAUUUCCCUAACGAACCACAGAGAGGACAUCACGAAAUUACGUUUGACGAAAUCGUAUACAUAGAGGCUUCAGACUUUAAAGAGGUUGAAGAGAAGGGUUUCAGACGAUUAACACCGAAACAGCCUGUGGGCUUAAAGCACGCGGGUGUUGUAUUGACGUUCCAAAGUAUCGAGAAAGAUGCCAGUGGCAACAUUACAAAUGUAACCGUCAAGCAGGAACCUGUCUCGGAAAGCAAUAAACCAAAGGCGUUCAUACACUGGGUGUCUCAUCCAGCGUUGGCAUCAGUCAGACUAUACGAGCGUUUAUUUAAACACAAAAAUCCGGAAGAUACGAACGAAGUGCCGAAUGGAUUCUUAAGCGACAUCAACCCAGCCAGCAAGAAGGAAGUCGUAGCGUACGUGGACGCGAGUUUAGUUGGUACGGCGAAAGUAUACGACAAAUUCCAAUUCGAGCGUAUAGGCUUCUUUUCCGUCGAUCCUGACACCAGACCCGGCAAGCUCGUUUUCAACCGCACCGUGACAUUGAAGGAAGAUGCAGGGAAGGUGUAAGUGUUCUCACAAAGAAUCUUAUAUCGUGGAUGAUAUAUGCCACUUUUGCUAUGAUUUUUAUAACACGCAAGAUGAAAAUGUGUCCGAUAAUGUGUCAGGGAAUAAGUGUUCUUCGGCAUAUUUAAUAAAUUAUUGAAUCGC